AAUAAAUAAAUUUUAUAAGAAGAAUAAAAAAUGGCCCCAUGAAUUCAAAAAAGCAAAAGAUGCCAAAUUUUUAGGUCUUCAUUAGCAUAUUCUUUCCACCACUACAUGUACAAAUUACAAUCAAUAAAAAAAAAAUUUUAAAAAAAAUCUCUCAAUCAACCAUAGAAGUGAACCAAAGAAUUAAGAACAAAAGGGUAAAAAAAAAUGGCUAUAAUGUUCUGCAUAGAGGUAUUGAGUACAAACAGGGAGAUGACGGUGGAGGAGUUCAAAGCGUGGCUGAGCCGCUUCGAUGCCGACAAGGACGGCCGAAUAAGCUGCGAAGAGCUGAACGAAGCAAUAAGCAGCCUCCGCGUAUGGUUCGGGUGGUGGAAGGCUCGCCGUUGUAUGAAGGCCUCCGAUUCCAAUAGAACCGGCCACAUAGACAGCGCCGUAGAAAUGGAGAAGCUCGUUCAAUAUGCGCAGCAGCAGUUGCAUAUGAAGAUUUAUGACUAUAACGAUGACUAUUAAUGAUCAUCAUUUUUUUUAAAGUUUUUUUUAUUUUUUUUCGGGUGUUGGUUGUGCUAAGAGAUCAAGCUAUAAGUAAUUUGAUGCUUUGUCUCUUUAAUAAUAUAUUUUGAGUUUCUGGUACGACGUUCGACUUUUGCACCGUGAUCAAUACGUGUGUGGGUGCUUGUAAUUUGUUAAUUUGUACGUUUAUUUGCGAUUUCUACAAGAUCGGUCGAUUGCAAUCGAUCUUCUUGUACUUUUUU